CCUGCUGCACACCUCGUCGUCUCACGUCCGAACUCCUCGUCUCAUUUUGGCCAAAGUUGAUAAACCGUUCACCCCAACACAAUAACCACUCGAUAAUAAUCCACUCUUUACCAAUACGUGAAUGAAACUAGGCCAGAUUUAAUCCUGAUCUUAGCAAAAAAUCUAUAAACAAAAUUGAAUUAAAUCUAACAGUCUCAAUUUACCCCACUUUCAAAAGAGAAAGCACUUUGAGCUACACCACGACUUAUGUAAAAACGUACUAAACAUAUUACCUCACCAAAAAUUAAAGCAGAUAAGUCAAAGUCAAAAUCAAAGUUCAUAAGCAAAAACUUUAUGCAAAUUCUAUUUUCAAGUUUACAUCUCCAGUUGCAAGAAAUGCAUGACAAUUUUAAAGUUUGAUAUACAAACUUUUAAUUGAAUUGAGAUUAAGCAAAUUGAGAAGUAUCAUGAUAUUUUUGUCUCGUUUGGUCCUACAAGAAAUAUAAUUUCCAACUCCACUUUCACUUCAGCCUCGUUCUAAUAACGCCCACCCAACACGACAUAAAUUUUACCUGGAUACAUAACCAAACCCAAAUUAAUUCUCAAUCUUCCCACGACGCAAAAGAGAGGAAACAACCUUUGUCUUUGGAAAGAAGAACGGCCAAGAGUUGCGGAUUUACAUAAUCGAAGACUUGGAGAGAUUGAAGACCUUGAUUCAAGUUCGUCUGCCCUUGUUAUUGACUUGGCCAUAAAGGAAAAGUCAGUCUCGAGCCGGACCCAUCCACCCACCCACAACUUUCACUCCGGCAGACUUUCACAUCACCCAAUCUCGUCUCAUCCUAUCUUCUGCUGAUCAGUGGAAAAUGUGGGGUCAAAUCCUGCCAAUGACUGUGGUAGUGCUGAGUCACAUCAUGUCGAUAUGCCCAAGUACGGCAGCACCUCAGAACUUGAUCAUACCCAGUGAAACACGGGGAGUCAUUUCGCCACCGUCACCCAGAUAUGACGACAUGUCACCUUCCACCUCCUUUUCCUGCAAUGCUUGUGCAUCAUCUUCUUGGGAGGAGGCGCAAUCUCCUCCCACGCAAACUAAUGACAAGAACGCCCUGUUUCGUGCCGCAUAUCUCCUCUCGUCACCGCCAGAGUCGGAAGGAGGAGGUGACACCAAUCCAGACGACAUGCCGAUGACCAUGCUCGACAGAAUUCCGCAGAAAUCCACCUCGGCCUCAACCUACGGGGGACGAAGGGGGGAAAUCAGAGGUUACAAACGACGCGACGGGGGGAUCCGGCACCGCUACGAGUUUGAACCAUGGAUCGUUCCGACCGGUACGAAGCACAGUGACGAACCUCAAGCCGAAAAAAGAAGUGAGAUUGCAUUGGACGGCCAGACAGAGCGGGAUGGAAGUGCUGCGAGAAAGUUGGCGUCUUCAGGGGAUUCGGAAUAUUGGAAACGCCAAGCCGCCCAACUUUAUCCGGAGGGAGGACGAGAUGACGAGACCAACUCUGACUCAGGACACCAGCACCCAGAGCAACCAGUUCCUGGAACGAAUGAAGCGAGCGAGAUGACAAUGACGCUGAUCCCAUCCUACAUCCGGUACAAUCGAUUGAUGAAGCGGAGUCCACGCUGCUUGCGGAGGUGUCUGGCCCAAGGCGUUCUUCACCCGUCGCAGUGUCACUCUCUCUGCUAAGUGGUCUCAGAAUGCAAAUUGUGACGAAAUGGAAUUAUUUAUCUACACGGUGGCCAGUUGGGGUUCGAAUAGCUUCGUCUCGGAGUCAUUCUCCAGAGAAAAAAUAAAUCCACGUGUAUCUUCAUCUUUUUAAAUUAUCCCUUUUAAAUUAUUACUUGUUUAUUAUUUUGUACAUUGUUACAUACUUAAUUACUUUUUAAAACUAAAAUAUUUCUAGUUAAUUACUUAGUUAAUAUUAUUUCAUUGAUGAUGUUGCAUUGUGUAAAUAGUUUUUUUUAAUUUGAAGGAAAGUACAGAUUCAUGCAGAGAAUUGUUAUGUGAAAUACUAGUAUGUCGUGUGUAGCGAUAAUAAUUGUAUCAGGAUUAGGAUUAGAUGUACAUAAUUUAACUUUCUUCCCUGUAUGUACAUAUGUAGAACAGUUGACAUUUGUACUUGCUUUGUAUUCUAAGGUCCAUCAUAGAAGGUGACCUAAUUACCCACACCUUUCGCUUGAAUUAAUUUGUAAUUAUUUCCGUGUGGAUGGAUGUGUGUUCCAUUAGAUGAUUUGUAUAACAUAACACAACCAAGUAGAUGACACAGGAUAUUCGCUAUAUGAUAACUGACACCAUUAAUUUAAUAACGCCCACCUAAACACAACGCUUGUACAUGUACAUUGUUUUGAGUAGAUGAGUACAUUUAGGGGAAUUUUACGUUUACUUGCUUCAAGUGAACCAAAGCUUUUUUUCAUGAAAUGCCAAUUUACUCCAGUUUGAUUAAAAUUAAUUAUUUAUGCUGGCAUUAUGGAAACUUGUGCGUUAAAUAUCAAGGGCAUAGCAUAGGUAGCUAGGUAUGUACGAUACUAUGUAUAUAUACUUUACUUUUGUAUGUGCAUGUAUACAUACGUACAGAAAAUGUAGUCUUAAUUUCCCCAAGUUUAUGAAGCUUUAGAAAGAAAGGUUAGCAUCAGAGUUAAGAUAAUAACUAGGAUAAUGCUUGGAGUGAAAGUUUACGUAUGCAUGAAACAGAAGCCCGAUACCCAAAGUUCAUUCAGCACUUUAUCGGUAUUACGGAUCGUGGUAUUGAUAACAAGCAAUCUAAUAUUUUAAUCGUAUAUAAUAAUAAGCUAGCCCUGAAAAAAAGGGUGGAAGAUCGAACAGCAUAGCACUAGAAUUACUAUGUAAAACACCGAAUACCAUGUACCGUGCUUGUACAUAUAUUUACGUAAGUAUUUUAGGAAUGGCAAGAUUAUGUACAUAAUUCACACGAUUCACAUUAUGAGAAAACCAAAGAGUAGUCGAGCAUUAAAUGUAGCGUCGUUUUCUGAGGAUGACGAGUCCCAUGUAUAUAGAUAAGGUAUAUUUAUUUAGUUGGUACAUGUGUGCACAGAUAAAUGUGAUGUUACGAAUGAUGUGACGGAUUUGUGAUGCUGAGAAAUUUGAAAAGUAUUAUUACUACAAAGCUAUAUGUAAAAGAUCAAAUUAUGAAAGAUUGCCUGAUUGAGUGGCGAGUCGUCAUCAUAGUCAUUAUAUUAUUAAUAUUCAUUCGGGAUUAAACCAUGUGAGAGAUGAUACUAAUAAAAGUAUAUUUACGUUGAAGCAUUCUAUGCGAUUUCGGAAAAAAAACUGGAGGCAAUAAUUUCUCAAAAAUGCACAAAUGAGUUUUUAAAGAUUAUUUUUUAUUUGGUUCAUUAAUGUUCAAAUGUUUACCACAUUUCGUUUACAUUAAUACUCAUUCAAUUCAUUUAACAUCAAAAUUGUACCAUUCAUCGAGGAGUUCCCUGCUUGCUUACUUUCCAACUUCUAAAACGAGAGCAUUCAGACUAACAAAUAGCAGUGUUUCCUUUCACGUCUUAAGACCAGAUCACGAUUAUUUUCUCAUGUUUUAUUUAAUCACUGAACUACUGGGGUAAAGAACGUGGGUGGUUUGUAAGAAGGGAUCAUUGUUAAAAAAACAUCUAACUAACUAACUAAUUAUUAUUAUAUG